AUGACGUUGGCACGUGCACUUCGAGCAUGGACGGCCCCCAUCGCACAAGUGCGCCGCCCCCAUGACGGCAUCCGUGGCAUUGUGGCGAAGCGGCGAUUCUGUCGUGGCGACCUGCUGUUAUCAGUGCCGCUUUCGUACUGCUACUUCCCCCACGCCUCGCGCGACCCGCGACGGAUGCGGCGUUGGAACCGGGCAGCGCUAUUUCCAGAGGCGCAGCAAUGGCUGCGGCGUCUCUCGCCUGACGCGGAAGAGGAAUGCGUCGCGCUUAGCGCUUCCGUCACGACAGAAGACGACAAGGUUCUCACGUUGAACCUCACGCCUGUAGAAGCUGCGUUGGCGGUAUCAGUGGCGCUUCGGUACUUCUGGCUGGAGGUUGUCAUGCUGAAAGACAGCAAGGGGAUCGGCAGACCUCUGUUGGGGCCGUCGAGGUUUCGUCCUGCGGAUUUGUACCUUCAGUCCUUACCACUGGAAAGGUUUCUCUCAUAUGGCUUGGAGGGGCCGUACAUGUCAGCACUCGAGGAUGAGGCGAAUCUGCACUCCGCCAUCGAGCAGGUUGCGUGGAACCUGCGGGACUGUGUGUUAUCGCACGCACCACAGGAGGAGUACCGUUUCUACGACGCACACCCAUCGGAGCUGGACGCUGCUCUCCUCGCGGCAAUUUAUGUCAUACGCGCACGCUUGUUGCGUGUGACGGCAAUUCACGUUGAGGAAAAUGUGCCUGAAAGUCUGACGUCGGUGCUUGCGCCCAUUGUGGACUUCUUGAAUCACAGCGCGUGGGACUACACGUGCGUUGCGUGUGUGGCCUUGCGGAGGCGCGCUGUUGUGGUUCGUGCAUUUCGCGACAUUGACGUGGGCGAGGAACUCACGCUCGACUAUCGUGGACCUAUGGAGCAGCGUCAGGGCAACAGAGGGAAAACAGGUGGGGCUCUCGCCUUGGAGGAGGAAGACGAUUGGUGGGAGUCGCGCUAUCUUAUCUCCGCUGAUGAGGCGUGA